CCAGGUGAUCCCUCUGGAUCUGUCGAAGCACUGUAGGCAAGCACAUGCGAAAUGCAUUCUGUCGGCGCCAAGUCCUGCUCAAAGCGGCUGUCUCAGGCGCUUGGAGAGAACUACAGAACACGGCCCAUGUCUUUUCCUGCUUAAUCGGAAGAAUCAUCAGUUUUUGCACAGGGUGACGCAAUGUGAGAGGUUUGAUCUCCGUUGAACAGUGUCGCUCAAGCGUUGGCUGAUGAUUGGGAGCUGCAUGAUCUUGCUGCUUAAGUGUGACAAGAUGGAGGGGCAAAUAGCAAUGGAUAUCAGCGCCUGUGCUUUGAAAGCUUACGGCAGUUUGAAAAAGUCUGGCAAGCCCUCGGGACAGGAGUUUACAUGCUUGGCCGCCAUAGUUGCAACUUCAUCGGACUGCAAAUCAGAGUCCUGGGUGGUCUCCAUUGGGACAGGCACAAAGUGCCUGGGCAGGAGCAGGCUCAGCCCUGCGGGGGACGUCGUCAACGAUUCUCAUGCGGAAGUGAUUGCCAAGAGGGGCCUGCAGAGGCUGCUGUACCGCGACCUUGAAGUGCUCCUCUCGGAAGCAACAGACGACACGGAUGAUGUGAAGGUUGACAAGCGGAGAGCUGGGCAAGGGCCGCUCUUACUGUGCAUGAAAGUUGCAGACGAAGGCACGGAGGAAGAGAGGAAGGCAUUCCGGCUGAAGCCUGGGCUUAAGCUGCAUCUGUACGUCAGCCAAGCGCCCUGCGGUGACGCCUGCAUCUCUUCGUCCUCGCAAUCUGCUGACUCAGAAACCGUUGGCGAAGCCCUCGUUGCCCUGUCUACCAACCAAUUCUCUGCUCACACCGAAUCCCUACCGAGCACCGAGCCGGAUACAGGCAAGGCGGGCGCUUCGGGGGCUGGAAAUUCGGUGCGCUUCACCGGGGCUAAGUUGGCGUACCUACCGGUCUCUGCCAAGCGAACUGACUUGCGGUUGGCAGAAGUUGAAAGUAGAUGUGAGCGGAGGUUUGCUGAAAAUGGAGUGCAAGAGCGUGAGAACCAGGAGGGGUGUGGCAGGGCAGACUGUCAAGGCAAUGGUGCGACCGAAUGGGGGAGUGGGUCAGAGAAAAGAGCUCCGGACAGCGGGGCUUGUACAAAGGUCGCCGGAAGAGAAGGAAUGACAGACUGGCACAAUGGACGUGUUUACAGCAGGAACUUGGCGGAAGAUGGUGACGUGGAACCGGAUGGAAAUAUGGGGCGAUUCGGGGGGGAUUCUGAGCAAAUGGUGGACGAAAUGAGUUGCGUAAAGGCAGUAACCAGUGAGGACGAGCUCCCCGAAAAGGAAAGAAGCAGGCAAGCAGGUUGCGCUAGUGAAGGUGUUGCCUCCGUCGAAAAGGAAGCAGGGACCUGUGGGGGAACCUCACAGCAAAUGCGCUCGACUAAAGCCAGCACGGGAUUUGGGGGCGUCCCAAGCGCCUUGAUGGAAGCAGAAACCCGGGGGAGUAUCUCCCAAACAGAGCACUCGGAAGACACUCGUGAGAUUGACGGCCAAGCGACAACCUCGGGGGGCAGAUUGCGACCAGGAGUGGAAGAAGAUGGCCGGCAGGGGCUGGGAAGUUCCGGUGACAACACGGAAGCGGAGGCCUCGGGGGGCCAAUCGCAACUAGCGGCGAAUGGAGAGGAAGAUCGGGUGGGGCAGGAAACGGGAUGGGUGACUUUGCAAGCGGCGGGGCUGGCGCGGCGGAAGCCGGGGCGGGGGGACCCAACGUUGUCCAUGAGCUGCAGCGAUAAGCUGGCCAAAUGGAACGUGCUGGGACUGCAAGGGGCCCUCCUGACGCACUUUUUGGCGGAGCCCAUUUACUUGUCGAGCGUUAUUGUAGCCCGGGACUCGCAGCUCGGCUUCGACGGAGAGGCGCUUUGGCGGGCGGUUCACGGCCGGGUGGCGGCGUGCGCGGCCGCGGCCGACUUGGCGCCUCCAUUCGCGUUCCAAAGACCUGUCAUCAUGGAAGCUCCGGAGGCUCCUGUUGAGCUCUCGCGGUGUCCGGAAAAUGAGGAUCGACCGGCUUGCGGGAACUCAAUCAGCUGGACGGCUGACGGAGGCCAUGAGGUCAUCCUGGGCGUCAUCGGCCGCAAGCAGGGGACCUCGGCCAAGGGGGCCCUGUCGCCCAAAACGCGCUCGGCGCUCUGCAGCGCCUCCAUGUUGGAGCGUUUCAAGCCCCUGUUGGCGUACUUUCCCCAUCGCGACCAUUUGCGAGCCGCCACGUGUCGCGAAGCAAAGGCCGCAGCUAGUGCCUACCAGGCCACGUGGCAAACGGUCCGUGCGCCGCCGAGCCCCCUCGCAGAUUGGCUACUUAAACCGAGAGAUAUGAGCGGCUUCUCGUAAAUGCAAGGAGGAGCUUCGCGUAAAUGUAGUCCGGAUCGAGCCUGUGUCGAGGAUGGCACUGACUGAAAUUGCAAGAGAUACAAACGACAAACGUUUCUUGGACGCGCGUUAGUAUUGGAUAGAGGGUGAGGACUGCUUUCUGAAGACUGGAACUUCGAUGAUGGAUGACUGACGAAAGGACGAAGUAGCAAGUGUCUCUCUCAAACUUGCGAGGAACAAGCCUGGUUUCCUGUACAUACUGAGCCGCAAAACCUGCUUACUGCCUGCU